AUGGCACACGCAUUGAAGACGCUACCAGCACUGAAACUGUACAGAAUCACGCUGCUGACGAGCAACAAAGCGGCCGCACUUUCCCUGGAGAACCCGCGACAGCAGUCGGGCCAGGAGCACAUGUGCCUGAUAUACAAGCUGAUCAGAAGACUGCGGAAAAACAGAAACAGGAUCACAAUCCGCUGGGUCUCCACAAGCGAGGAAAACAAACUACUGGGCCUUGCUAAAGUACAGGCCAGGGCAGCGACCCAAGAGGACCCCAUGCCAUACACACAGCUCCCCAGAAUGAAAUCAACCACUCUUAACAUCGCACGAUCCCAACAAGACACCAGCAAAGCCUUGCCCGAGAAAGUAGGCAAACACGUGAAAAGGGUGGACGCGGCCCUCCCAGGCAAGCAUACUCGACAGCUGUAUGAUCGAUUAUCAGGGAAAGAAGCGAGCGUGCUGGCCCAGCUCCAGACGGGCAUGGCAAGACUAAACGGAUACCUCUACCAAAUCAACGUUGCGCCAACUGAUCAGUGUGAAUGUGGACAAGCAAGAGAGACGGUAGAGCACUUUCUCUUUCGAUGUCGGAGAUGGACGACACAUCAGACAGAAAUGCUGCAAUGUACCAACACACACCGAGGCAACAUAUCCUUCUAUUUGGGCGGGAAAUCGCCCUCAGAUAAUCAAGACUGGACUCCAAACUUAGAAGUGGUACGGGCGUCAAUACGGUUUGCAAUCGCCACCGGCCGACUCGACGUCGCUUAA